GAACGGCGCCGGGGUGGGUUUUAAUUCAUUUCAUCAAAUUUCCACUUGCCGCCGGCCUUCUCUCCAGCGAUACAUAUUUGCUUCCAAAAGAAGAAUCCGACCCCUCUCUCUUUCCCUCCUCUUCGCGCUCUCUCUGUAUCUGCCAUGGCGUUCCCUUACAUGGAAGCUGUUGUUGGUUUUAUGAUCCUAAUGUACCUAUUCGAAACUUAUCUCGACUUGCGACAACACGCUGCUCUGAAACUCCCAAAACUUCCAAAAACUUUGGAAGGAGUAAUCAGCCAAGAAAAGUUUGAGAAGUCACGAGCUUAUAGUCUUGAUAAAAGCAACUUCCACUUUGUCCAUGAGUUUGUGGCCAUAUUGAUGGACUCGGCAAUUCUGUUCUUCGGCAUAUUGCCUUGGUUUUGGAAGAAAUCUGCGGAUUUUCUGGUGCUGACUGGACUUGAUGCAGAAAACGAAAUACUGCAUACUCUUGCAUUUUUGGCUGGUGUGAUGAUUUGGUCACAGAUUACUGAUUUGCCAUUUUCUCUUUACUCAACAUUUGUUAUUGAGGCUCGCCAUGGUUUCAACAAACAAACAGUAUGGUUAUUCUUCAGGGACAUGUUGAAAUCCGUUCUUCUUUCUGGUAUAAUUGGUCCACCUGUUGUGUCUGCAAUUAUCAUUAUAGUGCAGAAAGGGGGUCCUUAUCUCGCCAUCUACCUCUGGGCAUUUACCUUUGUUCUCUCCCUUGUGAUGAUGACAUUGUAUCCCAUUUUAAUAGCUCCACUUUUCAACAAAUUCACACCACUUCCAGAAGGAGAGCUAAGGGAGAAGAUUGAAAAGCUUGCUGCCUCGCUAAAAUUUCCUUUGAAGAAGUUGUUUGUUGUUGAUGGAUCCACCAGGUCAAGCCACAGCAAUGCCUAUAUGUAUGGGUUCUUCAAGAACAAGCGCAUUGUCCUCUACGAUACUUUGAUUCAGCAGUGCAGGAAUGACGAGGAAAUUGUUGCUGUGAUUGCUCAUGAACUGGGACAUUGGAAGCUUAAUCAUACUAUGUAUUCCUUCAUUGCAGUGCAGAUUCUCACAUUUUUACAAUUUGGAGGGUAUACACUUGUGAGGAACUCAACUGAUCUCUUUCGAAGCUUUGGAUUCAACACACAGCCUGUGCUCAUUGGGCUCAUCAUUUUUCAGCACACUGUGAUACCUCUCCAACACCUGGUGAGUUUCGGCCUGAAUCUUGUGAGCCGAUCUUUUGAAUUUCAGGCUGAUGGAUUUGCUAAGAAGCUGGGUUAUGCUGCUGCUCUUCGUGCUGGCCUAGUGAAACUGCAGGAAGAGAAUUUGUCUGCUAUGAACACGGAUCCUUGGUACUCAGCCUACCACUACUCUCACCCUCCGCUGGUCGAGAGAUUGGCAGCUCUUGAUAAGCCCGAUAAGAAGGUAGAUUGAAGUCCACGGCAGCGUAUGGAAGAGGAUAUGACAUAUUUCCCUUCACUGGAGUUGAUGAUGCUCCUGUGGUUAAGAGAGUUGUAGUAAAAUACGAUUUUAGCUUUGUAGAGAGAACCUGUACGAGCUCUCUCUCUCUCUCUCUCUCUCUCUCUCUCUGUGUCUCAGUUUUACCUUCUUUGGGGCAAAAAAAGAAAGUAAAAACCUUGGGAGUUUACAAAUUUAGAGGCAGGUAAGUCCGGCAAACAACUCAAAUUGAUUAGAAGAGGACCAUGAAAUCUAACUGAAUGAAGAACUGUAAGUUGAGUUGUUACUCUGAUGAGCUUCAUUCAUGAUCACAUAUCCCAAGGAGCUUCUAGCUCAUAGAAUUCUGAGAGAUUCAGAGUAUGAGUUGGCGCCUCCCUGAUGCCUCGUAUUGAUUUCUGAA